CUUCAAAGAGGCAGCACUGCAGCAGAGGCAAAACUGAGAAUACAAUCUAGGGCUUGAAAAUUGAGCCCUCUUUUGGGAUUGUAUCUCAAUUUUCAAUUCACCAUUCUAAUGGCUCCUCCUAAUACAAUUGACCUUCACAUUCCGUCCGAAUCUAUGCCGCCGGCAAUGUCGCCGUCCGACUCUUCCUCCGGUACCAGAUCAGAUUCUCCUCCACCGAGCCAGGGACUGCAAGAAAGAGGUUUGGCAGCUUCUAAAGUUUCUCUAGUUAUCAAUUCUGUAAAGAAACGGCUUUUUGCGCAAAGAUGUGUCCAUGUAAAGAUGAGAAUGGAAGAAAAUAAACAGAAGAUGGCUGAUCUCACCAACAAUUUGCUAACGUCUGCACAAGAAAGAGGAUACCUCAGGGGUGAUGAGAGUAAUGCUAACAUUGAUCUACUAUCAAAGAGGCAGAAAUAUGCAGUUGAUAUGCACAACGGAAUAGAGAAAAAUAACGGGGAUGAUGACAACAAUACUUCUCAAGAUGAUGGAUAUGGAUCUGUAAUUCUUUUAGGAUCUAGUAUAGCAGUAAAGAAUGCUGUUCGUCCCAUCAAGCUCACAGAAGUUAAGAAAUUACCAACAUACACCACUUGGGUUUUCUUAGACAGAAACCAGAGAAUGACAGAAGAUCAAUCUGUUUUCGGUAGAAGAAGAAUUUAUUAUGAUCAAAGUGGAGGUGAAGCGCUUAUCGCUAGUGACAGUGAUGAAGAAGUUGUUGAUGAAUUCGAGGAAAAGAAAGAAUUUAAGGAUUCUGAAGAUUACAUACUUAGAGAGACAAUCAACGAGGUUGGCUUAUCUGAUGCUGUUUUGGAUUCACUGGCACAGUGUUUUUCUAAACAACCUUCUGAAGUCAAGGCAAGAUAUGAAGCUCUUGUGAAGAGGGAAACCCUUGCUACUAGUGCAGACUCAAACAUUUUACUCAGUGAAGAGAUUCCAAGUUCAUAUCUUGAUAAAGAUCUUGAUGCUGCUUUGGAUUCAUUUGACAAUCUAUUUUGCCGUCGAUGUCUUGUCUUUGACUGUAGAUUGCAUGGGUGUUCACAGGAUCUUAUCUUUCCUGCUGAGAAACAACUUCCAUGGACCUGUCCAGAAACGGAAAGCAAGCCAUGUGGUCCUCAUUGUUAUCGCGUGGCCUUAGAGUCAGAACGUAAAGCUACAGUGAAUUCUCCUGUGAGGGUGGUUGGCAAAGAUUUAGGUUUACCAUGUACUGAUGUUUCUGGCUCUCAACUAUCAAGAGGACUAUCUGCUGGUGUAUCUUUAAGGAGGAGGUCUAAGUCUGUCCAAAGUGAAAGUGCUACAUCAAAUGGAAUAAAUGUAUCAGAAAGCAGCGACUCAGAAAGUAAACGUCGACGGGACGUCACUGCUACUCGCACUUCACUAUCACCAUCAAACACUAAGCUUGUUGAGAAGCGUGAGGUUCAUAAGAGAAAUAGCAGCAGAUUAGCUGAGCAUGUUAUUAAUAUGAGAAAAAAGCAGAAAAAAAUGGUGACAACUUCAGAUUCUGAUUCUCUUGCUAGUGCUAGUCCUGGUUCUGGCGAUACAAAUACCCAUUCCAUCUUGCGAAAAGAGAACGAAGAUGCUAGUUCUUGUUCACAAAAAUUUAUAUCUUCAAAUACUAGACGAUCUACAAGGAAAGGUUCGCCAGCUCUAAAUGGUGAUAGGUUACUCCAGCAUAAAGUUAUUGACUCUCUCAGUACUGGAAUGAAUAGUGGUCAACCUCUGCCUAGCAGUGAUAACACCUUGAAGAAAGGGGAAUUCGUGGAUGAGAGCAGUUGUAAAGAAGUCAUUGAUGUUACAUCAUGGAAAACUGUAGAAAAGGCUCUAUUUGCCAAAGGUGUGGAAAUAUUUGGCAGGAACAGCUGUUUGAUAGCAAGGAAUGCUAUGAAUGGAUUAAAGACAUGUUCAGAGGUGUUUCACUAUAUGAAUCACUCUGAGAACAAGCUAUCCUCUGAAGAAGGCAAUGGUUUAAAUCCUCUGGCUGAGGGCUCUUCUAAGGGCGAUGGCAAUGAAAAUAUGGGUACUCAAUUAAGAAGAAGAUCAAAAUACCUACAUAGGAGAGGUAGAGUUCGGCGCUUGAAGUACACAUGGAAGUCUUCUGGUAGCCAUUCAUAUAGGAAACGUAUUUCGGAUGCGAAAGAUCAACCUUGUCGACAAUAUAAUCCAUGUGGGUGUCAGUCUGCUUGCGGGAAGGACUGUUCUUGUUAUUUGAAUGGAACCUGUUGCGAGAAGUACUGUGGAUGUCCAAGGACUUGCAAACACCGAUUCAGAGGCUGUCACUGUGCCAAAAGUCAAUGUCGAAGUAGACAGUGUCCAUGUUUUGCUGCCAGUAGGGAAUGUGAUCCUGAUGUUUGCCGAAAUUGCUGGAUCAGUUGUGGAGAUGGUACUCUUGGCAUCCCCUGGCAACGAGGUGAUAAUUAUGAAUGCAGGAACAUGAAGCUUCUUCUAAAGCAACAGCAAAGGGUGUUACUUGGAAGAUCUGAUGUAUCUGGUUGGGGAGCUUUCUUGAAGAAAAGUGUUGUUAAACAUGAUUAUCUUGGAGAGUACACCGGGGAACUGAUCUCACACCGGGAAGCUGACAAACGUGGCAAAAUAUAUGACCGUGUAAAUCACUCAUUUCUGUUCAACCUGAAUGAUCAGUACGUGCUUGAUGCUUAUAGGAAAGGGGAUAAAUUGAAAUUUGCAAAUCAUUCGCCAGAACCCAACUGCUAUGCAAAGGUUAUGAUGGUGGCUGGUGAUCAUAGGGUUGGUAUAUUUGCAAAGGAAAAGAUUUGUGCUGGAGAAGAACUAUUUUAUGACUAUCGGUACGAGGCAGAUAGAGCACCUGAAUGGGCCAAAAAACCAGAGUCCUCUGGUACCAAAAAAGAUGACCAUACCCCUUCAAAUGGCCGAGCUAAAAAGAUCGCUUGAAAUCAAUUUUGUUGACUAUCUUUUUAAAUAGAAGUUUCAUGCACAUUUCCUUUUUAAAGUAACUUGUGGAGGCCUCUUUUACCUGGAGAUUUUCGCGUUUCGUUACUCCACCGAGACUUUGUUCAACUUGUAUUUUAGUUUUGGGGUGUCCCAGCUCCCAAAACAAGAUGGGAUUUAGCAGGUAGAAUGAUUUAAAGCUCGAUAAAAAGGUAUUUAACCCAAAAAAUUGAUGUCAACAGACUUCUAGCUGUGUUCAUUGUCUAGACUCAAAGAUAUUGACUUUGUAAUUAGUUUGUUUUUAAAUCCUGGGUUUAUGUACUGAACUAAAUAUUUCAAUGGAUUCAAACUUUCUUAUA